UCCUACUCCUGGAUGCAAUCCCUGGCCAAGAAGUACCCCAAUGCUGUAACCCUUAUUGAGGGUGGCAAGACCUACCAGGGUCGUUCGAUUCUGGGUCUAAAAAUCUCCAAGAGCGGGGCCGAGAAGCCCGGCAUCUUUCUGGAGGCUGGCAUUCAUGCUCGCGAAUGGAUUGGUCCCGCAGCUGCCACCUACAUCAUCAACCAACUGCUGACCUCUGAGGUGGAUUCCGUCAAGAACUUGGCCGAAAACUACAAUUGGUAUGUCAUUCCCCAUGCCAAUCCCGAUGGGUUCGUGUACUCCCACACCUACGAUCGCCUGUGGCGCAAGACUCGCACUUCCUAUGGCAGAUGCUAUGGCGCUGAUCCUAACCGCAACUGGGACUUCCAUUGGAACGAGGUGGGCGCCAGCAGCGAUGCCUGCUCUGACACCUAUGCCGGUCCCGAGGCCUUCUCUGAGAUCGAGACUUAUUCGCUGUCGCAAUACAUUGCCUCGAUAAAGGACAAGAUUCAGCUGUACAUCUCGCUCCACUCGUUCUCACAGUAUGUGCUGUAUCCUUAUGGCCACACCAAAUUGUUGCCCGACAACGUCAAGGACUUCCAGCAAGUGUUCAAUGACGCUGUGAGCGCAGUGUCCAAGCGCUACAACACCAAGUACACUGGUGGCAGUAUCUAUGAUGUUAUGAAACCCGUAGCUGGUGACAGCGUUGAUUGGGUUUAUGGCACUCAGGGUGUUCGCAUGUCUUUCUGCUAUGAGCUGCGUCCUUCUUCCACCUCUUAUGCAACUGGCUUCAUAUUGCCCGCUGCGCAUAUUAUUCCUGCCAGCGAGGAGUUGUUGGACUCGAUUGUGGCCAUGGUUAGUGAGGUCAAGACUCUGGGAUACUUAGAUUAA